AUGACACGGCCCGAGUCACAUGAUCCACCAGGUGGCGCUCGGAACACUGCUCACGUGCGGCGCUCUCGAGCGGCCUGGGUUUAUGUGAACACGCUAGCUACCAGUCGUGUGGGGCGCGUCAAGUGUAAACGUCAACAAGAUAAACCUGUUCAGCAAUUUUACAACAGGAGAGCUACCACACACUGCUGACGACCAUAAACUUUACUGCAAAAAUGAGAUGUGUGAUUGAAGGAAAUGGUGUGAAAGUUUUUGGAAAGACAGUUCAUGCUCUGUCACGGAUUGGUGAGGAAAUGUGGUUGGAUCCACUGGAGAAAGGGGUAAAAUGCCCAGCAUCUACCACGUCUUGGCUCAUGCAAUACACCCUGGCUGUUAGGACAGUGAACAAGGCCCAUUCGGCAUAUGCCUGUUUCCUCUUCUCUCCCCUGUUCUUCCAGCAUUAUACCUCAACUUCAGACCAACUACAGGAUAAUAAGUCUGCAAAAUGCAAAAUAUCCUUAAAGUCGGUGCUGCCCCUCUUCCGCAGCAUCACCACAUUAGAGCGCAGUGUGUACAGAUGUGAGAUAACUAUCAACAUCUUCGACAGCAGGGUGGUAUUCCAGUUUAAGUGCAGAAAUGGAAUAACCAAGACACAUAACUUGGGUUACCAAGAAUGUGAAGCUCUGCAAGCAGUUUUUCCAGCUCACCUGUGUCCCAACGUUUUAAAGGCACAUCCAAAACUUCUCAGUGACAUUGUGAUGCACUUCCCUGUCUCACAAGAGGAAAUCACACUAUCCAUGUCACCCAUUAGGGUGAUACUGAAGAAUUACUUUGAAGAGGACAAUGAUCGCAUCAUGUGUACAGAGAUGUUUCUACAUCCUGAUGAGUUUGACUACUUCCAUCUCAGAGUGGACUCAGACAUAACCUUCUGUCUCAAAGAACUGAGAGGCUUGCUGACAUUUGCAGAGUCUCAUGGCCUUCAAGUGUCUGUCCAGUUUGGUUCACCUGGAAAUCCUGUGUCGUUCAGUUUGGAGGAUAUGUUGCUGGAGGCUGUAGUAGUAUUGGCUACGCUAGUGGAUCCAGCCACUGAGAAUCCAUCCCAGGUGUCUGUUGCCCAGGAAGCUCCAACACACAGUGUAGUGGGUGUCUCUAUUCACGAGUGUCCAGUAGAGGCAGAGGCUACUAAUAUAGUGCCCCACCGUCCAGAUCAUCCAGUUGGGGAACAGGUGGCCUCCAGCCAGGGAAGUCCAUUCUUCAGACCAGCUUUCCAUAUGAGGAAGCUUAUGCAACUAGUUGGGGGAGGAGAGAACUUUUCAAAAUACAAAGCUCCUUUGAAUGGAACAAGCUCUGGAUCUGCUUUGACCACAACAGUAACACCAGCCACUUUAGAGAUCUGUUCUCUGCUUUUUGGGGCUGUAGCGAAUGAUCAUGAGGAAAGCAACAAAUCACAACUACCCAGUUUGGUGUAUGCCAGUGACACUGAGGAUGAUGCUGGAGGCAUUGGUAACAGAGAGGAAGAGUAAGUCAGAUAACAUACACCAGAGGACGUGUAGAGGUGCCAGGGGAGACACUGACAUGUUCAUGUUUUUGAAAAUGUUUUGAUAGCAGUGAUAUGACUUGUAAUUGUUAUGGCACUAAAGAUUUUUUACUUUUGCUUUAUUAUAAUUUUAUUUUACUUAUAUGCCUAUAUGUAUACGUAAUCUAUAUAUUAUCUUGGAAGGAAGUGUUAUAAAUGGCUAAUUGGUGAAUAGAUAUAAAGUCAGCAUUGGAGGCAUGAUCUAAGUGCCUCACACUGAUGUGAUGAACUAUUAGCAAGUAUCACAAAAAGACUGCAGAAACUAAACACAGUUCACUGAAUGAGUUUGUAACAGUAUAGUUAAGGAAGCACUCCAUAUGUAUUCACAUUAGCAAACACACCCAAAUAAACAUUUGCAUGAAUAUAUUAUGUUUAGAAAAGCUUGAAUGAUUAAAAAGGACUUUUUACUGAA